AUGAGCCGCGCGCGGGGGGCGCUUUGCCGGGCCUGCCUCGCGCUGGCCGCGGCCCUGGGUGCGCUGCUGCUUUUGCCGUUGCCCCGCGCGCCUGCGCCCGCGCCAGCCCCGACCCGGGCCCUGGCCCCCGGCUCCGGCCCGCGCGCGCCCCCUGCCCGGCCCGCCACCGCCCCCCGCCUGCGGCCCGAAGACAUCUUCAUCGCAGUCAAGACCACCCGAAAAAACCACGGGCCGCGCUUGGGGCUACUGCUGCGCACUUGGAUCUCCCGGGCCCGACGGCAGACGUUUAUCUUUACCGACGGGGACGACCCUGAACUGCAGCUCCAGGGAGGUGGCCACGUCAUCAACACCAACUGCUCUGCCGUGCACACCCGCCAGGCUCUGUGCUGCAAGAUGUCAGUGGAAUACGACAAGUUUAUUGAGUCCGGACGCAAGUGGUUCUGCCACGUGGAUGAUGACAACUAUGUGAACCCCAAAGGCCUGCUGCAGCUGCUGUCCACCUUCUCACCCAGCCAGGACAUCUACCUGGGGCGGCCCAGCCUGGACCACCCCAUCGAGGCUACCGAGAGGAUCCAGGGAGGUGGAACCGUGACCACGGUCAAGUUCUGGUUCGCUACCGGUGGGGCCGGGUUCUGCCUAAGUAGAGGCCUUGCUCUCAAGAUGAGCCCAUGGGCCAGCCUGGGCGGCUUCAUGAGCACAGCCGAGCGGGUACGGCUGCCAGACGACUGCACAGUGGGCUACAUUGUGGAGGGGCUGCUGGGCGCUCGCCUGCUGCACAGCUCGCUAUUCCACUCCCACCUGGAGAACCUACAGAAGCUGUCACCGGACACCCUGCUCCAGCAGGUCACCUUGAGCUACGGGGGACCCGAGAACCCACAUAACGUGGUGAACGUGGCUGGGAGCUUCAGCCUGCAGCAGGAUCCCACGCGGUUUAAGUCCAUCCACUGCCUUCUCUACCCGGACACGGACUGGUGUCCUGUGCAGAAGCAGAGCGACCUCGCCCCUCGGUGAUCCCGGACCCGAAAGCCUGGUUCUGCCCCAGGUGCAAGUGGGCGAACAGUGCUGGAACAGUGCUGCCCCCUCCUGGGCUCAGUUGGCUACUCCAGGCGGCGACGGCCGGGCCCUCAUCCAGGGAGAUAUGGGCGCCCAGCAGGCCUCCCCACAGCCCCGGGCGGGCCCGGGUGACCUGGCGCUGUGGGAGAGGAGGACAGUGCUGGGGGUCUGGGAGGGGGCUGGCAUCCGCCUCCCAGGGCUCCAGCCUGUUCCCCUCACCUGCGGGAGACAGGAUUCUAGGCCAGGGUGGUGUGCAAGAUGCUGCCCCCUAGAGGUGACUGCCGGACGCCUUACUUGCUGUUCUCUUGGGAUGCCACCCUUCCCACUGGAGCCCAGCCAGGGCCUCUGCCUCCACGGGGAACUGCACGCAAGGCUGCAGACCCUCUGGACAGCUGUGCUCUUGGGUGCAGCUUACUCCUAGCCAGGUUGUCUCCAUUCAGAGGCCACCUUCUCUUGGCCGAGAGGUCCUUCCUGAGGGAUCUGGAAGACACUUUUCCUCCACUCUGACUCAUUGCUCAGUACUUUCCAUCCUUCCCCCGUCCCAGGGGCCGCAAGUCCAUGAAACGGCAGGAGCCUUUUGUUUGGGGCCCCCUCUGCAGUGAGACAUCCCCAUCCCACCAGCUGACCCACACUGACCUUGACAGUGCCUUUCCACAGGAGGAGGGAACAGAACAAGGGGAACCAGCAUCUGCCUUCUGGUCUCUCGCGCUGCUAUUGCAACAAGUGAAUAAAGGCUGGAUUGUUACUC